GCAUUGGCACAGAGAGAGGAUAUGGAAGAGAGGAUCACGACGCUGGAGAAGCGUUACCUGAGUGCACAGCGGGAGGCUACCUCACUCCAUGAUGCCAAUGACAAAUUGGAGAAUGAGCUAGCCAGCAAGGAAUCUCUGUACCGCCAGAGUGAGGAAAAGGGCCGCCAGCUGGCAGAGUGGCUGGAGGAUGCAAAGCAGAAGCUAGCUCAGACGCUGCAAAAGGCCGAAACACUGCCCGAGAUUGAGGCACAGCUGGCACAGAGGGUGGCAGCCCUCAGCAAGGCAGAGGAACGCCAUGGGAACUUUGAGGAGCGCCUGAGGCAGCUGGAGGCACAAUUGGAAGAGAAGAACCAGGAGCUGCAGAGGGCCCGGCAGCGGGAGAAGAUGAAUGAUGAACACAACAAGCGUCUCUCUGACACCGUGGACAAGCUGCUAAGCGAGUCCAAUGAGCGGCUGCAGCUGCAUCUCAAGGAGCGCAUGGGGGCACUGGAGGAGAAGAACACGCUAAGCGAGGAGAUUGCCAGCAUGAAGAAGCUGCAGGAUGAGCUGCUGCUCAACAAGGAGCAGCUCCUGGCGGAGAUGGAGCGAAUGCAGAUGGAGAUCGACCAGCUGCGAGGGCGGCCGCCUUCCUCCUACUCCAGGUCCCUCCCCGGCAGUGCUCUGGAGCUGCGCUACUCUCAGGCCCCAACGCUGCCAUCGGGUGCUCACCUGGACCCUUAUGGUGCCCCUGGAGGCCGGGUGGGCAAGAGAGGGGGCCGCUGGCCUGGCACCAAGGAUGAGCCAGCCAAGGAUUGGGCAGAUCGUGUGGCAGGCCGGGAACCUUCCUCUGGCUCCGGGACUGGGCCAGGCUCAGGUGCAGGACCUUUCGAAGCAGACCUGGAGGGCUCUGAUGAGGAUGAACCUGAGGGUCUGUUCGGACCCGAGCUGCUGUCGCCCAGUGGGCAGGCCGAUGUGCAGACCCUCGCUAUAAUGCUGCAGGAGCAGCUUGAGGCCAUCAAUAAGGAAAUCAAGCUUAUCCAGGAGGAGAAGGAGACAACAGAGCAGCGGGCAGAGGAGCUGGAGAGCAGGGUGUCUGGCUCUGGCCUGGACUCCCUGGGACGCUACCGGGCCAGCUGCUCCCUUCCGCCUUCCCUGACUACAUCCACCCUGGCCAGUCCUUCGCCCCCCAGCUCUGGCCACUCCACCCCACGCCCUGCCCCACCUAGCCCUGCUCGGGAAGCUCCAGCCAACAGCACUAGCAACACUGCAGAGAAGCCUAACCAUGUGCCCAGAGAGGACGGUGUUGUCUCUGGGGACACGCCGCCCCCCACACCACGAUCUGCCCGCCUUGAAAAGAUGACCCAGGCCCUAGCUCUUCAGGCUGGGGGCUCCCUGGAGGAUGGGAGUCCUGCUCGGCCCAGCGAAGGGGCCCCAGACCCCCUUCAUAAGGCCCCCAAGAAGAAGAGCAUUAAGUCCUCCAUUGGCCGCCUCUUUGGCAAGAAGGAGAAGGGCCGCCUGGGAGGCCCUCCAGGCCGAGAUGGGCCCUCUCUGGCCGGUACCCCCUCAGAUGAGAUGUCCCCUGCUGACCCUCUGGGGCUGUCAAAGCUCACAGGGCCUCCCGGAGAUAAAGACCGAAGGAACAAGAGGAAGCAUGAGCUCUUGGAGGAAGCCUGUCGACAGGGCCUGCCCUUUGCUGCCUGGGAUGGACCCACCGUUGUCUCCUGGUUGGAGCUGUGGGUGGGGAUGCCAGCCUGGUAUGUGGCCGCCUGCCGGGCCAAUGUGAAGAGCGGGGCCAUCAUGGCCAACCUGUCCGACACGGAAAUCCAACGGGAGAUCGGCAUCAGCAACCCCCUGCACCGGCUCAAGCUCCGGCUGGCCAUCCAGGAGAUGGUGUCCCUCACCUCCCCUUCAGCACCAGCCUCCUCCCGAACGUGCACCGGCAACGUUUGGAUGACCCAUGAGGAGAUGGAGUCCCUCACAGCCGCCACUAAGCCAGAGCCCAAGGAGAUCAGCUGGGAGCAGAUCCUGGCCUACGGCGACAUGAACCACGAGUGGGUGGGAAACGACUGGCUGCCCAGCCUGGGGCUGCCCCAGUACCGCAGCUACUUCAUGGAAUCCUUAGUUGACGCUCGCAUGCUCGAUCACCUCAACAAGAAAGAGCUUCGGGGCCAGCUCAAGAUGGUAGACAGCUUCCACAGAGUGAGUCUCCACUAUGGGAUUAUGUGUUUGAAGAGGCUCAACUAUGACCGUAAAGACCUGGAGCGGAGGCGAGAGGAAAGUCAGAGCCACGUAAGAGACGUGAUGGUGUGGUCGAAUGAGCGAGUGAUGGGCUGGGUGUCAGGCUUGGGGCUGAAGGAGUUUGCUGGAAACCUGUCUGAGAGCGGCGUGCACGGGGCCCUGCUGGCCCUGGACGAGACCUUCGACUGCUCCGACCUGGCCUUGCUGCUGCAGAUCCCGACACAAAACGCGCAGGCCCGGCAGCUGCUGGAGAAAGAGUUCGGGAACCUCAUUUCCAUGGGCACUGAUCGGAGGCUGGACGAGGACAGCGCCAAGUCUUUCAGUCGCUCCCCGUCGUGGCGGAAAAUGUUCCGAGAGAAGGACUUGCGCGGAGUCAGCCCUGACUCAGCCGAGAUGCUGCCCCCCAAUUUCCGCUCGGCCGCCGCGGGAGCCUUGGGUUCCCCGGGCCUCCCUCUGCGUAAGCUGCAGCCCGACGGCCCUCCUUCGGGGAGCCCGCGGGCGGAUGGCGGAGUCUCCGUGCGGACAUACUCCUGUUAAUGCUCAGCCAGGUGAGGGGGCCUUCCGGAGUAGCGGAGCCACGGCUUUCCGAGCUUCCUGACCUGCCCUCCCCCCUCCUCCAGUACAGGUGGGCGCGCUCAGGAGGAGCCUCAGUAGGGGGAGAUGAAGGUCCGCCUCUGCUCCCCGCUCCAGGAGAAUGGACUCACCCGCGGAAGGGCCCGGGUUCGGAGAGACUAGCGAGUCUCUCUGGACUGAACCAUUUUGUACAGACCGGGAGGGAGAGGCGUGUCUCAGCCUCUGGCCAAUACACGUGAACUGGAUUUCGGGAAGGGAGGGGGCAGUUUGGAAUCUUCCUCCUCCCUUUUGCUACUUUGUAAUUUAUUUCUGUUUCCGAGUGAGGGGAGGAGGGGACUCAACUUCGCCUCCUCAGGGGCCGCAUGCUGGGGGCGGGGCGUGACCCGACCCUUGCUCCUACCUUCCCACUGUUCUCCUUCCCCUCUCCAGCCCCGGGGCCCCAGUCCUCCCGGGCGCGCCCCCGCGGGGGACUCGCUGCUACAGGCCCCGCCUCCUCUCUCCCCCUCCCUUUCCUUCCUUGGGAAAGGGGGGGAACGUGGAAGCCUCGUUUUUUCCGAUUAUCCGGGAUGCCUCAAAGUCCCGAUUAUCCAGGCAGGCAUUUUUGGGGUGGGGUUUGGGGGGCCCCUUUCCCUGUCCGUGUGUCUCGCGUACCCUGGAUCUCGUCCUGCCCUCCCCCUGACCCGUUAUUCCGGGGAGUGGGACGGAGGGAGAGGAGGAACCUAGGUGUCCCUUCCCUGCCCAGUCCCCGGUCUUCCCCGCGGGCUCCGGUUUGUUUUGUUUUGUUUUGUUUUUUGUUUUUGUUUUGCAUGGGAGAAUCCGCCGGGGCAGGGGCGGUGGAAGGGGGGGGAUGGGCCCCCUCCGUCCUCGUGCCCCCACCUCAGAUGUCAGUGAUCUUGGUGAAAGAAAACUGUUUCGAAA